AUGCACUUGGGCCCUCCGCCUACACUGCCGGGAAGGGGUGAUACCGUGCUAGUCAGAUUAGACCCGCGGUGUCGGCAGGAGGCAGCAGGUCUCGCUCGUCGGGAGAACGACGCGACGACUCGUUGCUAUGGGCGUGACCUCGAGACUCCUCCAGGUGGCGCUACAGAUGGCGGUACUCGCGCUGUCGCCCUCUGUGACUGCUGGAACACUGGCCGACGAGAGGGAUUUGGAUUUCCUCGCGACAGCUUUGCGCCAGAAAACGUCUUCGCUCUCAGUCUUCAACCGAAGAGAAUGGGAUCAGCUGUUCUGGGCUCCCAUCAUAGAAAACGGAGGUUUUCGUCCCAAGACUAAUAAUCUUGUCAUAUUUGGGGUAACUGAUUUUAUGUAUAUGAGACAGUUGAUAUGUCAAGUUCACAUCUUUAUUAUUUCAGUUUGUUUUGAAUCACUGGAUGCAAUAUUACAUGCGUCAAAAAUCAUAUGAGUAUAUGAAAAAUAGGUACUGCACAGGCAAGCACAGCGCAAUAUGUGAUAUUAUAUAGAAUAAGCAUUAAACCGUAUAAGUAAAAACGAAUUAUUUAUAUCUGAUUGAACUUGUAAAUACUGAUGUAUUGAAAAUAUAUACUUUU